UUCGAUUCGCCUAGCGGCGCGUGUUAGUACAGUGUAUCCCAUUACAGCGGACUCGCCUCCAUAUUCCAUUGCGCACUACCACAUCCACACCAACAUUGCGUUAACACGAGUCUUCUGACCCCCACUCCGAAAUGGCAGAUCAGUUAACAGAAGAGCAAAUAGCUGAGUUCAAGGAAGCGUUCUCGCUAUUCGACAAGGAUGGCGACGGCACCAUCACCACCAAGGAGCUUGGAACAGUCAUGAGAUCACUGGGUCAGAAUCCCACCGAGGCUGAGCUGCAGGACAUGAUCAAUGAGGUCGAUGCUGAUGGAAAUGGAACAAUAGACUUCCCUGAGUUCUUGACGAUGAUGGCGCGUAAGAUGAAAGACACAGACAGUGAGGAGGAGAUCAGGGAAGCCUUCAGAGUCUUUGACAAGGAUGGAAACGGUUAUAUUAGUGCUGCUGAGCUCCGUCACGUGAUGACCAAUCUUGGUGAGAAGCUGACAGAUGAAGAGGUUGAUGAGAUGAUCCGAGAAGCAGACAUCGAUGGAGACGGCCAGGUCAACUAUGAAGAAUUUGUCACGAUGAUGACAUCGAAGUGAGAGAAUUUCACCUUUUGUUGUCAAGCCACUUGCUAUACUUCAGCCCUUUCUGCCUUCAAGUUCGCCUUCAAAAGAAAUUGUUCAUUGUGUCUUAAUUUAUUUCGAAAGUUUGACUGCGUGACUGUCGUCUGUAACAUCAGACGAUGACAUGGGGUUAGACAGUCCAGUCCAGCUUUGGAAAUAUUUUAAAAUUUUAAGAUUUGCUCAAAUUACGUCUCACAAAUCUUUCUGAUGAUAACUAAUUAAUGUCAUAUAGAAAAUAUUUUAGUCUUUGGAAGAAAACAUAUUUCUGUUUAUUUGUAAUUCUAAAAGUGUCAGAAUCUUGAAUCUCCCUGGUUAGUGUAUGGUAAUAAUUUUUAUAUAAUCCAUUGUUGGGUUGGAAUUGUGAAAUUGUUUUGCACGAUGGAAAACAUUUGUGUCUUCUUCAUCAUUCAUCAAUUUGUUAUUCUCUAAAUGUCUUUGUUCAAACCAAACUGUUCAAAUCUAGACAUAGGCCCUUUUCCAAACCACGGCUUCGGCUUUGGAUUCUGCUUGAGGCUCCAUUCUCUCGUCUGAAGCCCUGAGCGCGUAUACGCAAAGC